AUGCCGCUCCAACCUCCCCCAACCGACAAGCACUUCGCAACAUCAGACGAGGCCUUUACAGCGCUCCAGGCCCACGCGCGCAACGAAGGCUUCGCCAUGGUCAAGAAGCGGCCGUCCUGCUACGAGGACGGCAAGCCGCGUCGCUAUGACAUUGCCUGCGUGCGCGGGAACGGCGCGUACAAACCAAAGUCUGCAGGGCUGCGAAAGUCCACGACGAAGCGCACGGGGUGCCCGUUCAAGAUGAAGAUUGUGCAGAGGAAGGACUCGGAUGAUCUUUGGGUGCCGGGGAUUCUUUGUGGCGAGCAUAAUCACGAACCGGACCUUCCUAUUGCCUUUCCGGAGCACCGGCGUGGUGCGUUGACGGAUGCCCAGAAGACCAUUAUUAGGGCGCUGCUGCAUCACUCAAAUCUCUCGGCGAGGGGCAUCAUUGAGGUGCUGAAGCAUCAGUAUCCUGAUGUUCUUCUUACAGAGAAGGAUAUCUGGAACUUGCGGCGGGAAUCUAUCCUGUUGGGGUGGCCCAUUGUUAAAGAAGGUACUACUACUACUACAAGUACCGGAACUACGAAUACAGGUACUACGAGUACAUAG